AUGAACUCUUCCGAAAUCGCGGAUCCUCCUUCCCCUAUCCCUUAUGCGACGGCUUCCGAUGAUGGCGUUUCGAUUGAUGAUUCGGAUGGCGGUCCGCGCAUGCUUAGCCCCAUCAGCCCCUCUGACGCCGCGGAGUUUAUUGCCACGCUCUUUCCUCCCUCCUUAUCAUCGCAAAGUACGUUCACUCUGUCUCUAAACCUAUCACCUAUCUCGGCAAAUCCCUAUCUACGCACAGAUAACGAUCGGUCGCUCUUCAACCACUACAUUCAUGUCGUUGCGAAGGCGCUCUGUCGCUCAUAUGAUCCGGAUCGGAAUCCUUUCCUGGUUACCAUUCUACCGCUAGCGGCAGCUUCAGAUAUGGUGACUAGUGUAAUUUUAACCUUGAGUGGCUGUCACUGGCGAAGGGUCUACCCCAGCAUCUGGAGAUGUGCUCUAACUCACCAAGGUCAAGCAAUAAAACAAGUCAAUAACCUACUUGGAUGUUCUGAUCGGCAGUCUAUCUUUGAAGCAUGUGCUACAAUAUUGUUUCUUUGUCUAACGGAGCUGUUUGACGGUACAUCUCGCGUCUGGAAAUGGCAUCUCAAAGCUGCUAGUGCUAUUCUCAAGUCACCCGCCUCCCAAUCAAUCGUCACAUCCAGUGAAUGGACCUUUUGCGUCAAUUUGUUCCACUAUUUGGACUCCAUGUCAACCAUUUCCCGUUGCAAAGCACCCUUGCUGCAUAAUAAUGAUGCUAUCGCCGAGAUAUCAACUUCCCUUCACAACAGCAGCUUGCCUAGGUUAGACCACAGCGAAUCAGCGGAUGCCAUCUACGGCAUCUCUCCAGCCCUAUUUGACUUGUUAGGCAUGGUGAAUCUCCUGGCCAAUCAUCGCAGCAGGCGCGUUGAUGAGCUUUCCGAAAUUGGCUUCCGAGCAGCAGCGACGCACAUCGGAACGCGGAUCGAUGCGUGGCACGCUGAUCAUGACUGCAGUAAUGUGUCCGGCAAUGCCCAACCGCAUACUGACCGCGCCGCCACAGCUUUUGAAUGGGCGAUUCGGCUUCGAUUACAUGAGAUUGUCGAGGGCUAUGACCCUUGCCACGAGUUUGUGGAGCGCUCUGUGAGCUUCAUUCUGGAGUCUGUACAGAAGAUACCAUACGCCAGCAGUGUUGAGGGCUGUCUCUUAUUUCCCCUUGUCAUCGCAGGAUCCAGCAGUGUCAGUGUUGAGCGAAGAAUGAUAGUGAAAGAGCGGCUUAUGGUGAUGGAAAAUACGUUGGGAUUCAGCCACAUUCACUAUGCCCGCCAGCUCCUGGAGACUGUAUGGGAGGGGCCAGCCAGCGCUGCCGAUUUCAACUGGGCUGCUGUAAGAUAUUGUCACUUUCCAGGGGUCGUCUUUAUUUAG